AUGCCCUCCUGUCCUGGUGACGGGAGAACAAUGUUGGUGAACGUCGCUGCGGGUGUCCGAGUGCUCCUUUCGCCCCUGGGCCGCGUGGGGGCGGAAGUUCUGGAGGCGCUGGGCCCGGCGAUAGGGCUCUAUCAGCGGCCCGCAGCGCCUGCGGAGGCAGCCGUGGGGUUAUUUCUGGCCCGGGCAGCUGUGCUGUGGUCGGUGUACCAGGAGCGCCGGGGCCUGGGAGGGACGUGGCGGCCUUAUCUCCUGGUUCUCGGGCAAACGCCUCCACUCCAGAGCAAGCCGGGCCGCCAACCUCUCGCCAUGGGCUCUGGGCCGCACGGGGCGCUGAGCCUACUGCUCCUGCUGCUCGCGCUGCUGAGCCGCCCGGCCGUGGGCUGCCCCGCGCCCUGUCGCUGCGCCGGGACGCGCGUGGACUGCGGGCGCCGCGGGCUGACGUGGGCCUCGCUGCCGGCCGACUUCCCACCGGACACAACCGAGCUGGUGCUGACGGGCAACAACUUGACGGCGCUGCCGCUGGGGCUGCUGGACAGGCUGCCCGUGCUGCGCGCGGCGCACCUGAGCGCCAACCCCUGGCGCUGCGACUGCCGCCUGGUGCCGCUGCGCGCCUGGCUGGCCGGCCGCCCCGAGCGCGCGCUCUACCGCGACCUGCGCUGCGCCGCGCCCCCGGCGCUGCGGGGCCGCCUGCUGCCCUACCUGACCGAGGAGGAGCUGCGCGCCGCCUGCUCGACCGGUGCGCUCUGCUGGGGGGCGCUGGCGGCCCAGCUGGUGCUGCUCGGCCUCGGGCUGCUGCACGCGCUGCUGCUGGCGCUGCUGCUGCGCCGCUUGCGAAGGCUGCGCGCCCGCGCCAUCCACCGCCUGUCGCUGACCGCCCCGCUAGUGGCGGAGCCGGCCGGUGACAGCGAGUCCUAGGAGAAACGGACCGGCGCUGAGCGAGGUGGGCCUGCCAAUUGGACAGGACCCUGCCCCAGGAGCCCUCGCCCUAACCUGAAGGCCACUCUCCUCCAGCCAGGCUUCAUCUUCCAGGCCCCGCCCCGUCUGCAGGCCCUGGUCCAGCGGGCGGUUGCUGCAAGCCCACCACUAAGCCCUGGGAACCAACUGCAGCCCAGACCCUGCGGGGUCCCUCACGCCAAACUCCAGUGCAGAAUAAACCCUAA